GUUAGAGACAUAACGGCAAUCAAAUCAGCAGCGAUCUUCAUCGUUAUCAUCUUCAUCACCACCGACAGCAGCCUCUUCACCGCCUCAUCGCGUCAACCGUGCGACUGUUCGUCGAGCAUGAACGACUGAAGCGGCUCGUAGCGCCGUGUGUCAGGUUUGACCUUGAGUCGGUGUCGUGUUCUCGCUCAUGUCGGUCGCUCGGCCUGAAGCAGCGCUCCAUCAGAUUCUGUCUUAAAAUGAUCCAGCGUGUGACUCCUGACAUGUAAAUGGCGUCGAAGGUGCGUGAUGCUGUGCUCUGGUACCAGAAAAAGAUCGGUGCGUAUGACCAGCAGAUAUGGGAGAAAUCAGUGGAACAGCGAGAGAUCAAGUUUAUCAGACGGGGUCUGCGGAACAAGCCGAAGAAGACGGGUCACGUGAAGCCGGACCUGAUCGACGUGGAUCUGGUCAGAGGUUCGGCGUUUGCUAAAGCGAAGCCCGAGAGCCCGUGGACCUCUCUGACCCGGAAGGGCAUCGUCAGAGUGGUUUUCUUCCCCUUUUUCUUCCGCUGGUGGAUUCAGGUGACGUCGAGAGCCGUCUUCUACCUGCUGCUGUCUCUUUACCUGCUGCAGGCGCUGGCGGCGGUGUUGUUUUUCAGCAUCUCCAGUCCUCACGGCGUCCCCGGCACCGAGGUGUUUGGCGCCAUCUGGCUGAUGCUGCUGUUAGGAACCGUUCACUGCCAGAUCGUCUCCACACACACUCCCAAAACCGGUGGCGGCGGCGGCGGCGGCGGCAGCGGGAAACGCCGCAGGAAGUUGAGGAAAGCGGCUCAUUUGGACAUUCAUAGAGAAGGCGACGGCUCUAGCACUACCGAUAACACGCAGGAGGGGGCGCCGCACGGCUCGCUGUCUGCCGGCUCACGCGGCCUCGUCGCUUUCUUCAGAGAUUUCUGGCAUGGUAUCUUUAAAGCGGGGUCUAAAAAGUCCAAGCUGUCCAUCGAUAAGUCUACAGAGACAGACAACGGAUACGUGUCUCUGGAUGGGCGAAUCACCAGCAAAAGCAGCGAGGAGGGUUUACAGCUGCACGAGCCGCACUGCGACCUGCUGCGCUCCGACGAGCCGCACUGGAACGUCCAGCACACCCGAAACCACCUGAUCCUGCCGCCUGCGGGCAAGUGUCUGUCCGAGGCCGCGGUUCCUCGUGGUGUGGAGAACAUGUCAGAUGAAGCGUCCAGCGAAGAAGACCCAGAGAACUACAGCGCCCUCCGCAGGGGAGUGGAGCUCAAGAACAGCGACUGCACGCUGCGCAACAGAAAAGCGCACCACUACAAGAAGCAUUACACUGCUGAGGAGACGCUCAAAUCCGGCACCAGCUGCAGCUCGCGCUGUUCCAGCUCACGGACGCAGGACUCCGAGAGCACGCGGCACGAGUCCGAGACGGAGGACGUGCUCUGGGAGGAUUUCCUGCACUGCGCCGAGUGCCGCUCGUCCUGCACCAGCGAAACGGAUGCCGACGGAUCCGCCGUCUGUUCCGCCUCCAAGAAAGAGUUCAGAGACGACCCGUUUCAUCAGGGUCACGUGCCGUGGCUCCACAGCUCUAAUCCGGGCCUGGAGCGCGUCAGCGCCAUCGUGUGGGAAGGAAACGAGUGCAAGAAAGCCGACAUGUCUGUGCUGGAAAUCAGCGGCAUGAUCAUGAACAGGGUCAAUCUCUACACUCCAGGGAUCGGCUAUCAGAUAUUUGGGAAUCUGGUGUCUGUGACGCUGGGUUUGACUCCAUUUGCAUUCAGACUGUUCCAGUACAAAGAUCUGGAGCAGCUGGCAUCUCUGUCGGCCGGCGAGGUCGUUUCCAUCGCCUUCGGCUCCUCCGCCGACGUCCUGGUGAUCGCGAUGGCGACCGUCAGCUUUGUGGUGCGCGUGUGUCUCAUCUGGCUGUUCUUCUUCUUGCUCAGCGUCGCAGAGAGGACGUACAAGCAGCGGCUGCUGUUUGCGAAGUUGUUCGGUCACUUGACGUCGGCGCGGAGAGCCAGAAAAUCAGAAGUCCCCCAUUUCCGCCUGAAGAAGGUGCAGAACAUUAAGAUGUGGCUGUCGCUCCGCUCUUACCUGAAGCGUCGAGGUCCUCAGCGCUCUGUGGACGUGAUCGUCUCCUCUGCGUUUCUGCUCACGCUCUCGGUGGUUUUCAUCUGCUGCGCUCAGCUGCUGCACGUGCACGAGACGUUUCUGGAGUUUCAUUACAACUGGGAGCUGGUGAUCUGGUGCGCUUCGCUGUCGCUGUACCUGCUGCGAUUCGUCACGCUGGGCUCAGAAACCAGCAAGAAAUACAGCAACACCUCCAUCUUACUCACAGAACAGAUUAAUUUGUACUUGAAAAUGGAAAAGAAACCAAAUAAGAAAGAAGAACUCACUUUGGUCAACAACGUCCUCAAACUGGCCACCAAAUUACUGAAGGAGUUGGACGCUCCGUUUCGACUGUACGGUCUGACCAUGAAUCCUCUGCUGUACAACAUCACUCAGGUGGUGAUUCUGUCGGCCGUGUCGGGGGUCAUCAGCGACCUGCUGGGCUUCAACCUGAAGCUGUGGAAGAUCAAAUCAUGACGGUGAAUCUGCAGUGACUUCAGCUUCCCGAGGCGACGCCGCUCGUCUCAAACACACGGUGGCGCCGUUUCCCCUCGACAGGGGCUUCCUGACAAUGAACUCUUGACCGGUUAUCCAGUCAUAUCAGAGUGCUUGUGCAAUUCAGCUAUUUAUUUUACCCUUUCAGUGUUUUUUUUUUUAUUCUCAAGUAUUUGUUUUAGCUGUUACAAUUGUUUUAAGUAUUAUUUUAGCUCACGAUGUGAUGUUCUCAUAGGAAUGAUAAUCCUGUGCUGCGGCAGUCGUGCACGUGUCGAAUCUGCAGUCUGAUCUGUGAUGUUUAAGACUGCUGUGAGUGACUGAAAUCAAGAGUAAGAGACCCAUCAUGAGGUGAUGAUCGUUGUGGAGCGGCUGAAUCUGACACACACACACACACACACACACACACACAAACACAAAACCGGAACUGCCGUUUUACACGCGUGUGAGUUGCAUCAGCUGAUCUGCAGUUUAUCAGCUUUGUUUUAUUCUCAGCAAUAAGUGUCAGUGAGUUCAGAUGAACACUGAUGUGUCUGAUCACACACACCGAUUCAGGCGCUUCAUGUGUCGUCUGUGACACACACACACACUCCAUCAGUCUGUUAAACACGUGUGUUUGUGUGUGUGUGUCAGUUAGAAAAGCUUAAAAAUGUGCACUUUAAAGCAGAAAAUGUUACAUGUUUCACAGAGUCCGAGUCGACAUUACAGUCUUGGCAUUUUGUGUUUUUGUACGUGACACGGGACAGGCGGCGUAACGACCAAAGUGUUUUUUCUUUUUUUGUUUGUUUGUCUGUUCUUUGCUGGAGAUGAAUGUAUUAGAGACUCUCUGAACUCAACACGUUUUGUAAAGGGGACUGACAGAGUUACUUUUUUUGUUGUGAUUUUGUUUUUGCCUGUUUUGGGUUUGAUUCAUAUAGAUUCAGAUUUGUGUUCAUGGAGGUAAAAAAAUGUUCUGUUACAAAGAAACACUAUUUAAGGAUAAAGAAAUGGAGAAACUGAAUGUCUCGUUUCCUUUUCAGAGAGAGUCUUAUGUUUGAAGUUUCUGUAUGCGAAUGUCAGACGUUCAGCUGCGUUUUUUUUUUUUUUCCUCUCAGAUGAAGGUACGGCCAGCUACACGAGACUCUCGUGCUGGUGUCACUUGUAUUUCAACACUGUACAAAAUAAAUCUCUCGUGAAAAGUG